AUCGGUACCACGUGACCAUUUUCCUGGCUCGCGGUUGUGGCACAAAUCGUGAUUUUCGAGGCUCUUUCUCUAUGGAUUAUAACGGGGAAAAACGGACAAAGACGCAUAUUUACGAAUCUUAAAAAUUGGAUGUGUUAAAUUGUUUUGUUCUGGGUGUUCUUUAGGCAAUCGAGGAGCCGCUUUCAUAUGAGCUGCCGUUUAGUUUUUACUACGGGGUUUGUUUACCACAUUUCAACUUGGUUGAGCCGUCGGAGAUGAGUGGUCCCGAGGUAGUGAAGACGCCGGGGGGUGGGGCUCCGGGGAAGGAAGGCAAGGAGCCUGUAGCMAAUGGGCAUCCAGGAGAGGGCGAUCAGGGAGGAGACGAUCCCUUUGCUGAGUACAUGUGGAUGGAGAACGAGGAUGUUUACAACAGACAGGUUGAAGAGGAGUUGUUGGAGCAGGAGUUCUUGGAGCGUUGUUUCCAGGAAAUGUUGGAUGAGGAGGACCAGGAUUGGUUCAUCCCGGCCAGGGACCUCCCCUCGGGGGUGGGUCAGAUCCAGCAGCAGCUUAACGGCCUGUCAGUCAGCGACGGAGGAAACGCAGAGGAGAUGGCGAGGAAGAGCAACUUGAACCCCGACGCGAAGGAGUUCGUUCCAGGAGUGAAAUACUAGGAGUCCCCCUCACCCCCAGGGAGCGCCCACGCGCACACACAAGCACGAUCUCACACACCCUCGCAGAGACUCUGGCGGCCUCGACCGGAACACACACACACACACAGAACAACACACACAGGUCCAGGGCGUGUAGAUAGAAACCCAUAGGAGGGUGGGGGGGACUUUUAUUUAGAUUUUCUGUUUGUUUGAUGGUUCACUAAGGGACAGGGUGGGGGGUGUCAGUAUGAAUAAGUCCCUAUAGAGGAAGCUGCUGCUCCAUGUACACUGUAAAGGUAGUGUCUCAAAUUGCACGCUAUUCCCUAUGUAGUGCACUACUUUUGACCAGGGCCCAUGGGCUUGAGUCCAUAGGGAACAGGGUACCUUUUCGGACGCACAUCGAGACGUACAUAUACAGAGAAACUCUGAGAUUUUCCGACCUUUUUCAUGGUUGCCAUGUUGGCACCUAAAAGCUCCAUGAUAUUGCAACAGGCAAAUCGCAAAUGACACCCCGUUCCACCUUCAUUGUGCACUACCUGGUCCAAAGUAGUGCACUACAUAGGGAAUAGGGUGCCAUUUUGAGAUCUGCAUUUAUACUUUUCAUGGCUGCCAUGUUUGUGCCGGAAUGUUCCACAACAUUACCAUUCUAAUUGGAAUCCAACUAAGAAUGUUCUUGUUGCUAUAGAAUGACCCUGUGCCAACAUGGAUGACAGACAGUUGUCCGUUCUAGAACUCUGUACAUCUACGUACAACAUGACAUCAUAAUGACUCUGUUCAAUAGGUCGUUAUCAAUAAAACGUCACAAUACGGUGCAGAGGUUUUGAAUUGCCUGCUGAGGGGGCAAGGAGACUCCUAGCUCCACUAAAACCGUUGACAACUGCGUGCCGUUUUCAAGGGAUUGUUAAAUAAAUGUUAACUAUUUGGUUGUAAUAUCAUCUCUUGAAGCCCAGAGUCAAAAAUACAAACGUCAGAUUAUUCCACAUUUGUCUCUAUCAUCAGUUAUAAAGUAACUGCAUGCUUUCCAUGAUCAGUAAACAUCAAUUGAUCAUGGGAUUUCAGAUACACGAGGGUAGCCUCAUGAUAAAUCUCAAUAUUGACCACCAUUGAUUGGAUAUUUGAGUGAUAGAAAGGAGAGCUAUACCUGAUAAGUAUGAGUGGUUUAGGUUAAUUUCCCAUCAGUUGUGGUCUCUGCCUGUCAAGCAGCAGAAGGGCGCAUUUGCAGUUGUACUGUUAGCUGAUAAUGUUUACUUCGCUAGCUACUGGUAGAAACGUUGUACAUUUGGCUAAACAUAUAGUGGUAAGUAGACCUAAUGUACUUUUUUCUCUCCAACCAACGUAGGCAUAGCUAGCAACGUUAGCUAACAUUAUCCCCUUUACAACAUUGUUUUUAAGAAUGUUUUAAUUCCUAUUGCUGCUGACAGACGUGAUAGACAAUACAUUGAUUGAUGUACCACGUCAAAUUGGCUAGCUAACGGCAGAUUGCGUCGAUGCGGCUAGCUAACGGCAGAUUGCGUCGAUGCGGCUAGCUAACGGCAGAUUGCGUCAAUGUGGCUAGCUAACGGCAGAUUGCGUCAGUGCGGCUAGCUAACGGCAGAUUGCGUCAGUGCGGCUAGCUAACGGCAGAUUGCGUCAGUGCGGCUAGCGUAACGGCAGAUUGCGUCGAUGCGGCUAGCUAACGGCAGAUUGCGUCGAUGCGGCUAGCUAACGGCAGAUUGCGUCGAUGCGGCUAGCUAACUUUCAGGGGAUAAACUAAACUAGAUGGCUAUAUCCAGAUAUUGUUUGAUUUGCUUGUCCUCUAGUGGUGGUGACCGUAGUCCACUUUACCAAGAUGAGGACUUGUUUAUGUCAAGCUCUUUCCACAAGCCUAAUCUCUGAUGAAGCAAGGUAAUUAUGUUGUCUGGAAGUCUAUUUUGCUACAUGCCAAAUUAAGGCUACUCUUACGUAUCUAAAAAAUACAUGAUCAAUUGAUGUUUAUUGAUCAUGAAAGGAUGCAGUUACUUGCUGUAUAACUCUUGACUAUGCUCUUCAAGAGUUGAAAACAGUUAUUUAACAAUCCCUAAAAUGGCACAUGGUUUUAGCGGAGCUCGGGGUCUCCUUGCCCCCCCCCCCCCCUAGCAGCCGACUCGAACACUCUGCACUGUAUUGUGACGUUUUUAUUGAUACCCACCUACAGACCUGCCUAAAUGUCCUCUUAUUACAUCAUAAACACUCUGUUUCUCAUGGGCCUGGUUCCAAACCAGUUACUCCUCUCCCCUAUCCCCUUGUGGGUGAAAAGAUUUAGGUUCUAUCCCCCAUAUCAGAACCUGGAUCUGAAAGGUAGGGCUGUAUGGGGAGCAUUUUGAGUUGUCACCCUUUUGAUGGUUCUAAGUGAACAAGGGUGUAGGGGUUAGGGUAUUUAGUGUUUGGAACAAGGCUGUUCUCUCUGGCUUGCAUCUCAAAUGGCACCCUGUUCCCCGUACAGUGUUCUACUUUUACCCAGAACCCUACGGGCUCAGGUCAAAAGUAGUGCACUAAAUAAGGAAUAGGGUUCAGUUUGGGAUGCGGCCUCUCUCAGUACUGAAAGAAUGGAAGCAUCAUGUAUAACUCUGUUGGUUCAAUCGUGUUUAUAUAAACACCUGAUCAGGCUCCGUUUUAAAAUUUAAAUCUCAUUUAUUUUGUCUUUCGAGGAGCAAAGUUGUUUUGUCUCUCUUGGGUUGCCGUAGCCUGUGGUCAAAACGGGAAUUGGAAAUGAAUUCCAAAUGGCACCCAUAUUCCCUCGUAUAGUGCCCUACUUUUGAUCAGGGCCCAUGGGGCUCCCAGUGGUAGUGCACUACAUGGGCAAUAGGGUGUCGUUUUGGGGUUCAUACUAGUCUGUCUAGCUCAGUGUCUAGGGGAGGUUCUAAUGAAUGGGCGGGACUUGAGGUCAGGUUGACUAAUCACAGGCCACGUGCACGCUGGGUCAACCAAUAAGAAUUGUCCGCCGAGUGGAUUUACAUAAAUCAUUUUUUGUUGUUGUGAUUUGAGUUGGAAAGUCCUGACAACACAAAGUAUGAAUUUCAAUACAAAAAAAAAAGAUUAAUAAAGAUGAAAAACUGCA